AUGAGUGGCUCCCCCGGCUCCAGGGGAUUCCCUGGUUUCUCAUUUCACCCGAGGCUGCAUCUGCCAGGGAUUAAGACUGGAAAGAUGAGAGAGAGAGGGGGGUGGGGGUGUGUGUGUCUGCGCGAGUUGCCAUCUUGGGAUCCCAUGGCUUUCUCUAGCGGGCUCUGGGGCCCCUGCAUCCACAUGAGCAGAGCAUUCAGCCAGCGCUGUUUCAGCACUACUGGCAGCUUUGGCGCAAUUCAGAAGAUGACGCGGGUGCGUGUGGUGGACAACAGCGCCCUGGGGAACACCCCUUACCAUCGCCCUCCUCGCUGCAUCCACGUCUAUAACAAGAACGGGGUGGGCAAGGUGGGCGACCGGAUCCUGCUGGCCAUCAAGGGGCAGAAGAAGAAGGCGCUCAUCGUGGGGCAUCGCAUGCCUGGCCCUGCAAUGACCCCCAGGUUUGACUCCAACAACGUGGUCCUCAUUGAGGACAAUGGGAACCCGGUGGGGACCCGAAUCAAGACACCCAUCCCCACCAGCCUCCGCCGGAGGGAAGGCGAGUUUUCCAAGGUCCUGGCCAUCGCUCAGAACUUCGUGUGA